GAACAAGGGUUUCUGCUUGCAGUUCAUGUUGCUAAUGUUGUUUUAUCCAAAUAAUAGUAUUAUUGUUGGUAGAUAAUGAUGAAUUUAAGCUUGUCAAACAACGUGAGAUGUCAACAUGUGUACAGCGCAUUGCAAUGCAGUUUGACUAGAAGAUGACUGGUAGCUCGUUCCAUAUAAACAUGAUGCAUCUAUACGUUUGAUGGGGUGGCUCUUGAGUGUGUAUAAUAUCAUCUUCUUUGUUGCUGUGACUAUUAAUAUUUCCAGGACAAAGUAGUUCUGUAAAGUGAUGCUACUUCGAGUGAAUAGCUGCCUGUUUGAGCUGUCAUCAUUGUUGCUUAAAGAGCCAGGCAUUCUUUUUUCUGCAUGUUGAUAGCUACUUGCAACAAGCUUAUGGAUGAAGUCAUCAGGUAUGCUCACAGGGAAUGUGUGCAACGAUGGUGCAAUGAGAAGGGAGACAUAAUCUGUGAAAUCUGCCAUGAGUUGUACAAGCCUGGAUACACUGCUCCACCCCAGAUACAUCAUGAUGAGACUACUAUAGAGAUAAGUGGAGAUUGGUCCAUCUCUGGCAAUCAUUUGGAUUUACAUGAUCCUCGAAUCUUGGCUAUGGCUGCUGCUCAACACCGUUUACUUGAAGAUGAGUAUGAUGAAUAUACUGCGACAAACAAUAAUGCUGCUGCCUUUUGCCGCUCAAUAUUUUUGAUUCUAAUGGCACUUCUGCUCUUGAGGCAUACACUCACCAUUACUAGUAGCGAUGAUGAAGAUGAUGCAUCCGCUAUUUUUUCGCUAUUUCUUUUGAGGGCAGCUGGAUUUCUUCUGCCAUGCUACAUCAUGGCUUGGGCUAUUAGUAUCAUGCAGCGUCAAAGACAAAGACAGGAAGAAGCGAUGCUAUUACCAACGGAAGUGGCGAUCAUCCUCCACCGGAAUGGAAGAAUGAUGCAAUUCGCCGUGGCACCAGAAUCUCCUGCCUCACCUCAUCCGGAACUACCGCAGUUGAAUUCAUGAGCAACAGGCCCAUCCCCUGAGCGCUUAGAAGACGCAGUGGGCCUUCCGUGGGUCAGGUGGAACACCAAAUACAUUAUGCUAGCUUGCUGCUUACUGCUUAGUCAUCGUUUCUGUGACGGCUUUCAGUAUCCCCCCUGUACAUAAAGAGAUACCAUCUUUCAAUAAAUGAAUAUAUAUAAACUGAAUUACAGAAAGUAUUGUGGUGCUUGAAUGGUGUUAAGACUA